GGAGGAGGAGGAGGAGGAGGAGGAGAAGAGCAGCGGUGCGAGUGGCCAAGGGUGCAGCUGGGCCUCGCGGCGUGGCUGGUGGUGCAGAGCCCCGCGCGCCUCUGCGGCGCUCGCGGGGUGAGGACAAGGCCCGGGGCCCACCAUCAGCACCAUGCUCCUGGGGAUCCUCGUGGCGCUCUGCUUCCUCCCGGCCGCUCAUGCAACAGAAAACAAGAUUUUAGUGGCUCAGCAUCCUUUGCUCACUGUAGAAAACAAAACAGCGACUCUGGUCUGCAACUACACGUACAAUGGGACGGGGAAGGAGUUCCGAGCUUCGCUGCACAAGGGCACAGACAGUGCAGCUGAGGUCUGCUUUGUCUCAUGGAACAUGACCAAAAUUAGCAGUAAUUCAAAUAAAGAAUUCAACUGCAAGGGCAUUCAUGAUAAAGACAAAGUAAUCUUCAAACUUUGGAAUAUGACUGCCAACCAAACCGACAUUUACUUCUGCAAAAUCGAGGUCAUGUAUCCACCCCCAUAUGUCUACAACGAGAAGAGCAAUGGGACCGUCAUUCAUGUGACAGAGACACCCAUCCAAAUACAAGAGCCUCAGUCUGCAAGCUCUUACUGGAUUAUGGUGGCAGUGACUGGAGUUCUUGCUUUCUACAGUACGCUAAUAACUGCAGUCUUCAUUAACUACUGGCAAAAAAGCAAGGAGAAAAUGUAUCAUCAGAGUGACUACAUGAACAUGACUCCCCGGCAUCCACCUUACCAGAAGAACAAGGGUUACCCGUCCUACGCGCCCACGCGAGACUACACUGCAUACCGCUCCUGGCAGCCGUGAUCCCCACCGUCCGACCCACCCGCACCCCGGGGUGCUCCUCGUCGUCACUUGCGCCUGGACAUGGAAGGACAGCCAGUCAUUUCUCAUCAUGUUUGUUGUCAUCGAUCAUGGAUACCUACACCAUGGCAAGUAUUGGCUAAACUUCGACGGUAUGCACAAAGGAAAAAAAAGCAAACAUGAAAAAUUGAAAAUUUAAACAAGGAUUGUUUUCCACAACGGCUGAAAAUGAGAUACGACUUGUGUUGAAGGUUGAGAGUGGGUAAGACAGACAGAUGGCAUCGGACCUCCAAGCUGGUCUCCUCUUAACACUUGUGAUUUUGCUCAGCUGUUGGGAGAACCAGGACUUCUGACCUUUCCCAAUAACUGUUGCCUCAGAUUUAACCCUUAAUUUCUUUUCCUGUAUAUCUAAUCCUCAGAAAUGCAACCCAUAUUGCUGUUAAAACUGGCAAAAUGCAGAAAACCACAAUUCCCCCCACUCCCCAAGACAGGGCACAGUCUGAAGUUCAAAACACAUGUUCAGAAAAAGAGAGGGAAAAGUCAGCCAGAGGUAUCCGGGCUAUCAGGUUAGGACACAAAUGGGCUGUCUGGACAAACCAAGAUUGAUGGAAAACCACUAAACCUUCAACACGUGAGUCCUUAGGUUGGUCAUUUCAUAAAUCUGACUAAGAUGAUUUGAAGCCAUGAUCAAACAACUCCACGGAGUGAGAAAGCAACUAACCUGAAGAUAAAAGCAAGACAAGCCGGAGAGGAAGAGAGAUCUGUUGUCAUCACGAAACGCCCCUUUUGCAUUACGUUUGCCUACAGCAAGGGAGCGCAAGGCCUGCAGCGAAGUCGCGUGGGAAGCAUUAGAACGCACCGAGGUCAGAUUUUGAGGACAGCUUUACUCUUCUGCUGAAUUUUUACUUCUACCCAAAAGACACUCACUCAGCUGAGUCCUCCUGAAAAUCUGUCCGCUUCUGAUACCAACGUUGUAUCAGAGCUCUUCUGAAAAUCUCGGUCCAGUUACAAGCGAAUAAAGAUAACUUGAAAAUUCUUCCCUCAGCACCCAGUUUUUUGGGUGUGAGAAGGUCCUCAGUUCCUACCACAGCCAACAGGGUCUGCAAGUGCUCAGCCACUUGCAGGGACUGCUCUGGGCACCUUGAGGAACUUUGUGCUGGCUGGAGAUUACUUUGUUACCUAAAGAGGUUUUCAGGGAUGCUCCAUGCAGGAUGGGGUCUUCAGCAAAACUUACGUCAUUCCUUUAAUUAAGCAUGUUUACAUUAGCAAGGAAUCCUACACUGUGAUUGGGGUGGUCGUAACGUAAAAUCUUUUCUGAUGCUGAGGAGAUGAGAUUUAUUUUUUAGGGACUACUGAACAAACAAUUAAAUGAAAAUAAAUCCAUAUUUCCACCUUGAAAUAAAAAUCAAGAUCAUCCAACACUUACUUUACUCCAAAACUGGAAAAAAGAUUCUUUCUAUCUUGGAGAGGAAAUGACAAAAAUAGCGAUGUGGAAGGGUGGCAACAAUCUGCUUUGACAUUUUAACCCAAGUACAAAUUUCGGCACUUCCAAAUGGGAAGUUUUAUCCGCGUUUGCUGACCAGACCAGGCCCAAACCCUUCAUUCAGCCACGCCGACGCGCGCCGCGCUCCCGGACGGUGCCGGCUCGCCGCCGGGCCCCCUGCCCCCACCACAGGCGCGCGACCCCCGAGCGGGGACACGACCGCCGUGCGCCCGCCGCGGGGGAGAGGGGCACACCGCCACGUCGGGUCGCGCGGGCUCCUCUGGCCGCCCGGCAGCAGGCCGGGGCGCGGCCUCGGCGGUCUCGCGGUGCCGUCGCUGCGUAACGCAGCCGGCACGGGCGCUCUCGGCCCCGCGCGCAGCCAGAAACCUCACCUGCUCGCGCGCGUGCAGGGCCAGAGGGCAAACGUGCAGCGCAAGCCGGCAUAAAACAGGGUCAACGUUCCUCGUUUGAACUGCAUACGUACAUAUAUCUUCAGAAAUGAUAAAUGUAUCUAUUUCAGUAUGUCUAGAUUCCUCAGAGUUUUAUUAUACUUUUUGUAAUCUCCUUUUAAAAUUAUUAAAUAGAUACAGUAAAUUAAAUCUUGAAUAAAUGCUUUGGGCCUGAGGCUACUCAGAGGAAAGUAUUACUUUCUAAAGUAAA